AUGCAUGUGCCCGAAACAAUUACAGUUGGUCCUAAUCGAUCAACUGCACCUCGUCUCUAUCAUGACGAUGAUCGAUUACCUGUUCGUAUGGAAGUACCAAACACUAUUCGACUUGCGGGUCAUACCGAUAUGGAAACGUCUCAUGGUACGAAUAAUUCAACAAGCAAUGAUCAAAAUCGUUUAUCGGAUUUAAUUGCACAACAAAAUACAUUUCAUUCAUCAGAUAAUGAUCCGUUAAGUGAUGAUGAUUAUACAACAAUUGAUAAGCCUGAUCAUAGUCAACCAUAUCAGCCAAUCAAAUUAGCUGAAUCAUGGCAUAUGGAGUCAUUUACAGAAAUUGAUGAUAAACAAGUGUUAAAUAAACUUCAAUUACUUCACAAUCGUAUUACUCGUAUUGAACGAACGUUGGCAAGACGAGAUUUUCGUGAUCGAUUUGUUUAUACGUUUAUGAUUGGUUAUAUACUUCUUCAAGCUUUAUUUUCUGUUCGUCGUUCAAUGCUUAACUAA